AACUACUUUAACUUGGUAGCACGUGCAUGUCACGAGAUCCACAUCCCUGGACGAGCAGAGCUCAGCAUUUGGCCGUUCGCACCGAAAUCCAAAUGCAAUAUGGAGUCUCGACGCCACAAAUUCUAACACUUAGAUGCGUCUGAAAUCUUUGUUUGUGUGAAACUUAUUCAUUCUUCGCUCUGUUGAAUCAAAAGAAGCAUUGCUAUCGAACGAACUAGAAAUUUUGUCAGCAAUGACGGAGGAUAAUUGCCCUAGAGUUUCAUCUUCCGAAUCUUUAGAAUACAAUUCUUCAUCAACGAAGCAAAGGAAGAGGAGAAAGUGGGAUCAGCCUGCGGAGACAUUUGUUCCAGAUGGAGUAGCAGUAUCUGGGAUUUUUCCAUUGGCAAACAUGGGAUCUUUUGCUGGUGUCCCAGUACCUGGUGUAGCUCCAGUCUUAGGUGCUGCUUUUAUGAAUCCUCUUACCGCUAUUGGUGCUACUACAGUGCAGCAGCAUCCUCUCAUUGUUGCCCAAAAAUUAAUUCAACCAAAAAUUCAGGAUGAGUUGAUAGCAAGAGAAAUUGUCAUUAAUGACGCUGAUCCGGCCGUUCGUUACAGGCUCACAAAGCGCCAAACCCAGGAAGAGAUUCAGAAGAGCUCGGGCGCUGUGGUUAUAACUAGGGGUAGAUACAGGCCUCCAAACGCACCAUCUGAUGGUGAAAAACCCCUCUACCUUCAUAUUUCUGCUGGGGCACAUCUAGAAACAACACUGGAGAGGAUUAAAGCAGUUGAUUGUGCUGCCGCUAUAGUGGAGGAAAUGCUGAAGCAAGGUACUGUUAACAAUGGAUUGAAGGUCAAUCAUCUGCUUAGCACCUGUGUCUACCUGGGCUUUGAGGCUGAUCCAUCAGCAAAUGUUGCUGCUCGAAUUCGUGGACCAAAUGAUCAGUAUAUAAAUCACAUUAUAAAUGAAACUGGAGCGACUGUCUUGCUAAGAGGGCGUGGUUCGGGAUAUUCAGACGGAGGACAGGGUGAAGAUGUGCACCAACCUCUGCAUUUACUCAUAUCAAGCAAUAACAGUGCGAGUCUUGAGCGCGCAAAGCUUUUGGCAGAAAAUCUUUUGGAUACUAUUUGUGCGGAGUGUGGUGCUUCUAGAGUCUCUUCUUGUAAGGUUUAUGGUGCUGUUCCACCUCCACCACAACCGUUAGCCAGCAGUCAGGGUUCUGGAAGUGAAUCAGAAGUCAAUAAUAUACCUGCAGCCAAUGUAGCUGCACAGAUUCUAAGCUCCACAACAGCAGCAGCAGUUCCCGUGACUGCAGCUGCAGGUGUGACUAAUGUUGUUUCUCAGGGUACAUUGCCUCAACCUGUAGGUUCACUGAAUCCUGUGCCAUCUCAACCUCCCACCGGUUGCUAUCCUCAUCAAUCAGUUACAAGCAGAACAAGCUAUAUUGGUUAUGAUGGUAUAUAUCCACAAGCCACUCCUCUGCAGCAAGUUGCUUUGGCUCUUAGGAAUUCUACUUCUCCAGUCACUGCCACAGUUGCUCCAGCUACAACAGGAGCAAGCAUCACUUCACAGACAAGUAUAGGUUCUGAGAAGGAGAAGCGCCCUGCACAGAAGCGUAAAUUUCAGGAGCUGCCGGCUGCUCCAAAGGGCCAAGCAACUGUAAACCAG